CAGUGUCCGCUGGCUCAAUCCGAAAACGUCAGGAAACAUGGCUGCCGUGUGGCCUAGGGACGAAUUUCGGGUGCACCGUGGAUCGCCGAGCAAGCGACGUAGCGGGACGUGCGGGCGCCCCGGAAUCUCGACGAAGAACUCUCCGUUGCGUCGCCGCUGAGUGUCACAAUGCUGCACGGACGAUACGGAUAGGAAACUUGGCCGCCGAAGCGCGCUUCCUGCAAGCUCGGCCGUCGUCGUUGCCGUGUGUGUGUGUGCGUGCGUGUGUUUGUGUGUGUGGAUCGGUGACAUUUUGGAAAACACUGGCCCCCUGAAAGCCGAAAGGAGAUACGCGGCGAGCAAAAAACGAAGGAGUGAGCAGCUUCGCGACGAGAUGCCGCGCGGCCAAGCUGACCCGUGGAACGUAAGCCUAACGUGGAGGCCAGGAAUCCGGGGUCACCAUUGACGGCGCGGCGACUUGCGCGGUCCCCUUGACAUGGAGUGCCCCCCACGGGGCCUCCGGAGGGGCCGUCUCGUUCUAGGGGGCCGACCGCCGACGCUAGACCUCAUCGAGAACCCGCUGUACGAGGCCGGACAGCUUCCCGUGCCCGCGCCACGAACCCUCCCGCCGGCGCGGACGCAGCAGCAGCAAAAACAGCAGCAGCAGCAGCAAAAGCAGACACAGCAGACGGCGGCCAUGCACCACACCUACCCACCACCAUCCCAGCAGCCAUACGGCGGCUCGCGUGGGUCAUCUGUGCCAUCCUCGAUGUCGUCUGCCAUGGUGCCGAUGGGCGCGGCGGCGGCAGACGACGACGUUGAAGUCCGUCGGAGGCCCAAGCUGUCACGGAGUGAAACCAUCAAGAGAUACGUGAGAAAAAGCACAGCGUCGUUUUUCGGCCUCGACGAGGAGUCUGCACCCGAAAGCUGCCAACGAUGGACGCUGCGGAGAAAGCGACUGCUGAGCAAGCGCUACGGCGAGAUCAAGGAGCAGUACAUGCGAUCCAAGGACUGGCACCUAUCGCAUCUACAACCUCUUCGUGUGGACGACACCCAGGACUCGGUCGUGCGGAGGACGGUCUCCGCAAGGGAGACUGCAGCGGAGCCGUUUCACCGAGACCCGGUCUACAAGAUGACCUGGGAUGGUCUCGCCUUCCUCACGACGGAGGUGCGGAAGCGGUUGUCGGCAGGGCCGCAGCCGGCAAGGCGGGGUUCCCUUCGCCGCAGCUUCAUGCCUUCGGCGGAAGACGUCAACGUCCCCGAAGCCGUGCCCGAGGGCAGCAGCCUCGGCAGCCUCUCCCAGAUGGCCGCGCCCUCCGACGAGCUGGUGGACGACGUGUUCUUCGACAAGACGCCGAGCGCCACGCCAUCGGCGUCGGCCGUAGCGGCGGCUGCGGCGCCUGUGUGGCCAACGCCUCGCACCCCCGUGGAGCCACUUCCGCACCUGGCGUUUCGCCGGACCACCGCCGCGGCCAUGGUGCAGGGCCAGCGGAAGGAGUCCACCCGGUGGAAGAGGCCAGCCUCGGUCCACGAGGAUGUCACGGACGGACGCCUCUCCGUUGGCAUGAACCGCAUCGGUGAUAAGGUGAUCGACUGGUGCCUGGAGAACUCCAACCGGCGCCAGUACGGGAUGGGCAUGGUGGGAAAACUGCUGCAGAGAAGCUUCCGGCGCGACCGCAUCACGCAGGACGUGCGACAGCAGCUGGAGGACAUCGAGGACCACAGGCCGUACUUCACCUACUGGGUGACCAUAGUCCAGGUCCUGAUCACCGUCAUCUCCCUGGCCGUCUACGGCUUCGGUCCCGUCGGAUUUCACAAGACGCAGAGGACGAGCCUGGUAAUGGUGACGACACUAACGUUGCAGCAGGUAGAUUUCUACGAACCGGACAACUUCUGGAUCGGGCCCAGAGCGGCGGACCUGGUUCACUUAGGGGCCAAGUUUACACCGUGUAUGAGGAGAGACCGCCGGAUCCACGACAGCAUAGCCAAGGACCGGCGGAAAGAGCGAAACACAGCCUGUUGUGUCCGCAACGACCGCUCAGGUUGCGUGCAGACUUCCCGCGACAAGUGCUCGACACGAGGAAUUAUGGCUGGGGAGGUGAUUUCGACGUGGAGGAAAUGGAAUGUGAGCCAACCGGGACCACCAAGAUGGGUUGCCGACCCGUCAGCUGUUGGUCAGGACCGGGGCAUGACCCAGCGCCGCCUGUCAGGCUCUGUCUGCGGUCAAGACCCAAGGUACUGCGAGGAGCCGGCGUCGGUGUUCCCCUUCGAGUGGCCUGACGACAUCACCAAGUGGCCCGUGUGCCGUCGCUCGCACGCCAGCCGCAAGGUGCCCGACGCGCACAUGUCGUGCGAGGUGGUCGGCCGUCCCUGCUGCAUUGGCGUGUAUGGCGAGUGCCACAUCACCACCCGUGACUACUGCGACUUUGUUGGCGGGUUCUUCCACGAGGAAGCUGCCCUCUGCUCACAGGUCUCCUGCCUAAACGAUGUGUGUGGCAUGAUUCCAUUUGUCAACCCUGAAGUGCCUGACCAGUUCUACCGGUUGUGGACUUCGCUGUUCCUCCACGCAGGGAUCUUCCACCUGUCGAUAACUGUGAUAGUGCAGCUGUUUGUGAUGCGCGACCUGGAGAAAUUGGCGGGUCCUGUGCGCACAGCGGUGAUCUACAUGUGCUCUGGGGUGGCCGGAAACCUGGCCAGCGCCAUAUUUGUUCCAUACAGGGCCGAGGUGGGUCCCGCGGGCUCGCAGUUUGGCCUGCUGGCCUGCUUGUUCGUCGAGGUGAUCCACUGCUGGCAGAUGCUGAAGCGGCCCAGCGCCGCGCUGCUCAAGCUCGGCGCGGGCGCCGCCGUGCUUUUCCUGCUGGGCCUGCUGCCGUGGGUGGACAACUACGCGCAUGUGUUCGGCUUUGUGUUUGGCUUCCUGCUGUCGUACGCGCUGCUGCCGUAUGUCUCCUUCGGCAGCUACGACCGGACGGCCAAGGUGGCCCUGAUUUGGGCCUGCCUCAUCGUGUCGGUGGCCCUGUUUGUGGGGCUCGUGCUGCUGUUCUACGUGCACCCCAUUUACGAGUGCUCCUUCUGCCACUAUCUCAACUGCCUGCCCCUCACCCGGGACCUGUGCGACAGCCACCGCAUAAACAUCACCCGCCAGGACACGUGAUCGUGGCCCCUCCCCACCCAUUGUCGCCCUUUCCGGUGACUCCCCGCCACGGCUUCGUUGUCGCCGUUGUCACCGAAAGCCGUUGCCGAAGCCUGCAUGCGCGUGUGCGGACACGUCUCGAGAGAGCUCUCUCUCUCCCAGUGUCGGCCUUUGUGAAAACGAGGCUCAUGUCAACAUCCGAGCAGUGCCUGUCACAGUCGAGCGACCGAGCGCGUGCAAAGGAAGAAGGCGGUCUUGUCGCAUCGGUUCACCGUGGGAGAUGUUGGAUGCAGCAAUAUGGAGCGUGAGGCAGUUUAAGGACAUAGAGGAGCUCGGCCAUGAAAGCAAGGCCAUAAGUCCCUCGCGAGCGUUGCGAAGCUGAGUUGUUUGCAGGAACGAGCAUCACUCGCUCUGCGUAUAAGAGUCAGUUUGCCAAUGCAGUAGUGAUGAAAGGCGUUGAGCCAUUGCCAUCUGCGGACAGAACAGUUAACAGUGGUGGUAUCAGCAACAAAAAAAAAAAACCUCUGAAGUGGUCAUUAAACGAUGUCGUUGUGGGACUUAUUGAGGCCGGUCGGUGCAUACAGAAGUUGCCGCAACUUCUGGUAGCGAGUAUUGUCAUGUGUGACAGCAGACAACCCAUUCCAAGCGGUUGGCACGGACUGGCCUCGGGCAAGUUCUACGAUGAAAGCGUUCGACAGCCACUCAGACUGCACCUGUGGCCAUGGUACAACAAAUGCCACGUACUCUGGGAGCAGGAGAGUGGCGCCUGACACCAGUCGGCCUACGAAGUGGUUCAGGCACUGGCUGCACUCAUGAGUUAAAGAAAAAAGGCAGCGUAAGGACAACUUACUUCAAAGGAAACCAGAAAGUCACCUAGAACCCUCAGAAUCAUUUAGGGCCUCCUGCACGAUUGCUCCCGCACUGUUUCUCAAACAGUAUUCGACAGGUGUUGCAGCCUACGUAGCAGACGACUCCUGUGUGCCUUGGUCUCACAGCAACACGGGAAAAUGGAGAGUCUGCCAGGGCAAAGCGCGGGUAAGCGAGUGCCCGUAGAAGCAGGAGGUUCUUGGCUCUUCAUCAUGUAACAGUGAGGACAGAAGAGGGCGGGAGUGUGGUCACAAGGCUGAUCGCGAGCUCGUGAACGCAGUCAACAAGUUUGUUGGAAGAAAUGAAAGCGUCACCCGUGCCGAGUUUGCUUGCCGGGAUCAGUAUUCCGAUUUCGAUGAGAGAUGGCGCACGAUCACUCUCUCGCAGACCAGGGAGUCACAAAGCUUGGAGCCGUUGUAAUCGCUGUUGGCGAUGGCAUUCACAACUGACAGGGUUGUACUGGGCAUUCCAGACUGUUUGAUGAGGCAAGCGACUGGUCUGUGAAAGUUGCUGUUGUUUUCUUUUCUUUCUUUUUUUUUUUAUAUAUGUAUAUAGCAGGACUAUCCUGCAAAGCGAGUGAUGUCGUUGUGAUGUUUUUCUCGUGGCUUUGCUUUCGAGAGCGACCGUUAUUGGGAGGCCGAAGUGAUGAGAAGGCACUGCUGGUCGUACACGGGGAAGACUCGAAGUGAAAUUAGCGAGGCUUGAACGAGGCAAGACCUGUUAGAUCCUUCAGCGUGGAAGACGAUGAUGCAACUCGUCUUCCAGAAACGCCAUCCAGCUGUUAAGUGUUGGAAAAACAAAAAGGACGGAGUGAUCGCUUGGCUGAGAGGCACGGACGAGAACAGACUUGUUGUGCUUGCCGAAGCCCACUUGUCUCUCUGUGCAAGAAUUUGCCUGCCGGCUUCUGCAGGCUUGUGUUCAUUGAUUGCGGAGGGGGGGGAAAUGGCAAACCUUUCCUCCACACUUCUUUUGUUUGUUUUUUCGUCGCAUAUUGUGCGUGGUGAUUGUACAGGGCAGGAUGUGGUGGACCGUGGUGCUUGGUUGACAAGGACUCCGUGACAUAGGAUAGUAUACCUGUCCGACGAUCCCCGUUUUCUUUUUUUAUUGUUUGCCGUGGAUGUUCUUUCUCAAAUGUGCGGUGGUGACGUGUUGACUGUUAUUUCACGCCGGUUUUCAGAUGGGGAGAGCUUUGCAACAACGUCCUUUUUGUUGGCGGCGAUGUGGCGUUGUGCGUGUAGCGUCGUACUGUAUUGGGCCUGAUGUCUGCGGAUCACCCCCUCCCCCCUCCCUCUCCCUUCUUUCUAUUUCUUUUUUUGCCCUGCCAUUUUUAUUGUUAUAUACACGGUUCAAUUUAACAGUGGAAGGCCAACCCUUUCUUACAAUGCGUUGUACUAUGCCAGAAGUUGCAAUUUAGAGAGCUACGGCUACAACUCCUUUUUUAUUAUAUCUACCUGAACUAGUAGCACACAAAAAAAAAAAUCUGAGUGGCAUUUAUUGUCAAAUUAGGUCACACCAGGUGCGAUUUCCUUUCUGGCUUUUGUUUUUUAGAGUUAUAUAAUUGUGAUAUACUACUGGUUAUAUUUAGUAGUUUGUGUUUCUAUGUUUUUAGAUGUUUAUCGAGAAAACUUCCUGUUGAUUCUAGUCAGAUGCACUCUGACCUCCCAUUGUCGUAUGGCUUUUGCGUGCGAUGUCAAUCGUUAUUCUUUUUUCUCAGUUGUUUGUGUUUUAAUCUUGAAAGAUAGUCGCGGUAACACAUUGUCACUUUAUGACAGACUUUGCACGACCAAAUUUUUACGCCAAAGUUUACACGACAAAGUUUGACAAACCUUGGAUGUCAGACCUCGUCAUAUGCAAAUUGCAACUGACACAAACAUGCCUUCGGUUUACUCAGUAGUUUUACGCCGACAUCGGCAGAAAAGAAAUUCGCAAUCGGGUCUGUGCAAAAUAAAUGCAAGCCUAUUGGCUCUGACAGGCCAGUGAAUGUAUUGUCAAUUUUGAUGAGCCGUCGGUGGCUUGACGUGCUGAAAGAUGGCAUGUGAGCAACAUUAAAUUACAAACGCACUUGUGCACGUUCGUUAACAUGAAACAGUGCAACCGGUAUGACCACACAGGAUAGGCACAUUGGCUUGUCGGCUGCAGGCCAGCCAAACCAAGUCAUUAGCUAAAACGCAAGUGCUGAAUCGAGUAGUUUCAAGAACCAAGCCACACUGAGUUGCAACCACUGAGUAUUUGACAUUCUAGCUACCAGAAUACAUACAUUAAGCUUCCAAGUAAACAGAUGUUUGCUUUGCUGUAACGAAUAUUGUCUCAGACCUUGCAAACUUGGUUUUAUUUUAGAAGCAGGAUACUCGUUGGAAUAAAGCACAGCAAAUUAAGUGUUAGGCUUACUUUGUUAUAGCUGAUAAUGUUUUGUAGCCAUGUUCAUUACAUCGAGGUUUGACUAUAAAACAAAGUUUUGCAAACUUUCUGCAACAAAGUCAAGCUUUCUGUGACACAGUUCGACAGCAGCUUCCAUCACUUAGGUACUAUUAUUGGGUGCUAAAACGCUUGCUUUUGCCCAUGCAACAUUCUUGAAUGUCCAGGAACUGCAUAACAAUAUCCGUUAGUGUUGCUUAUUCUACCUCAUUAAUGUUACCCCUGUUAAUUAUGGUACACUACUUAGUUUUAGCAUAGCUUAGCUCAUUGCAGCAUUGUUUGAUCCACAUAACACUUUCUACCAAAUCUGUGCGCUUUUUGCAUAGUUAAUUUCUUCUUCUUCUUCGUGUUCCGCUUUUUAAAAAAGAAACUUUAGGUCCCACAGAAGUUAUUGCUUUCUUCAAAUAUCAUUAAUCAGGAAAGCUCUUCAUUCUUUUUUAUUAUUAUUAUUAUUAUAGUGACAUUCAGCACUGGUGUCUAAAAACCGCAGGCGGUGUUUCACAGUUGUUAUCCAUUUGACUUUACCAGGUUGUGUGUGGAAAAUAUUUAGUUAACGGCUGAUACACAACGCAUAAAUUUCAAGGCGCAAGGCCUCGCUACGAAAGCACCAGUGUCGUUUGGUGAUUUUGUCAAGGACCUUGUGCGUUCUUGCUUUCAGUAUUAUUGGCUGUAAUGAGGCACAGUGGCAAUAGAAAAAAAAUUAAUGCAAGCGACUGGCAACGGAAGCAGUGAAAUAGUGCUGUGCGGCGCUCACAUGCAAGAAUUGGACGGAUAGCGAGGGUGCUCGACUCUUCCCACGUCUGCAGCGUGGGGAGGUUGGCACUUGUCGGCAGUGGCAUCGAAAUAGUCGUGAAUCCAUGCCUGGAUCUUUCCAUCUCGAGUUGGUAUCCUGGCCAGCUGUCAUUCUUUACAAGCUGUACACCAAAUUACUCUCGAGCAUGAGAGGCGGGAACAGUCUGGUACUCUUGCUAUCGGCGUGUUGCCAGCUGAGGUGCUGUGUACCACAGUUUCGCCACUGAUUGCUGGUCACUUGUGGUGACCUUUUCAUUGCCAAUGUGUGCGAUAUGAAAGACGAGAGGUACAACAGGCAAAUGGUAUUCGCAUUCCCAACCAAAACGUUGUCUGUGAUCAAUUGAGAUAUCAUUUAGGGAUGAUCAUGCGAAGUUGACACGGAAUCCUUUGAUUUCCCAAGUAUGAUACUGAAAAACUUGUGGUAUUGUUGGACUGUGUGUGUAAGUGUUUCAGGGCAGUUGUUGCUAGUUAACUUUUUUUUGUUUUUACAGAGUAUGCGAUAAUCAUUGAGCCCUGAUUGCACAUUAUGUUAUGCGCAAAGUACCACAGGCAAGGGAAAAUGAAUGUGCCCACGCAGGUGAUCUGUGUUUUUUCUUAGGCUGCAUGUCUCUUGACUUUUUGGGUGUAGGUUGGCAGAAUUUCUGUCACUGAUUGUGCAAGUCAGUGGACACACAGAAAUGCAACUCUGUUAAUGCAAGGCUGUUCAGUGAUCAAGUAUUAAUCUGUCACCUUUAUCACAGGAAGCGUUGAAGAAACAUUACUUUCCUCGAUUUGGCAUAAUGAAUGCAACGUGAAAUGGUAUUUAAGGUCACCAACAUAAUAUACAUGUGUUCAUUGGCAUAAUAAGUUGUAGCUGAUUGUGUGGUCAUUUAGCGACAUAUGUUAGGGCUGAAUUCCUUGUACCUGUGUCGGUGCCUAAGAGAAGAAAAACCAUUUGUUGGACAUUCGGAACCUAAACCUUUUUUUUUUUGCUCUAGUUACCUGCAUUAUCAUGUCCGCAUCUGCUUAAGAUUCCAUAGGAGCAGCUUGAGGACUUUGCAGACUCGUUUAGAAGAAAACGCGGGAUCUUUCGAAACAAAUUUGGAUUCUUUUUAGCGCCUUCAGAAUGCUAAAGAUGAGCUGCAGGAGCAAUACUCGGCUCACAUGACUGCUCAUCCUGAUGGCUAAUAUCCCCGCCGCUGAUGCACGUAACAUGACAGUGAGUAUAUAAUGCCUAAUGUUUAAUGCUGUUAGAUUGACGAUGAUACAUACAAAUUUUGCCUAAUGUCAUCCACAACUUGAUUACUUUGCCACAGUUUAUUUGCCCUUUGAUUGCUUGUUCAUGUUCGCACCGUUUAUACUGAACAGGAAUAUUUCUUUCAACAAACAGCUCUCCAACAAAAUUCGUAGUAUUCCAUGCAUUCAUGACAAGUUUUUGUAUGGAUACCUGCUGUCUAUAUCCUCACUAACAGAUUUGAUGCUCACCGCCUAUGUCCUCUGCUUAAAACUACGUUGUCAACAAUGAGGUAUAAUUGAAUAUUGAUUUCCAUAAAAUUGGUUAAAAUUUGCGUUUGGAUAAUAUUAAAACCAUUUGUAAAGUAUGAUCUCUUCCGAUUGCUUGACAAUGUUCGUGCAAUAUUUAGCCAUAUCAGAAUCUUGGCACUCGAACACGUUAACCCUUGGAUGUGUGGCAUCAUCUCUGAAAUUAACACAGUAUCAGGCUGUCCCCAUAGUCGCAUGAUCUUUCAAGUGGAUUUGAUACUACUUUGUGCAUUGCUUAAAGCUACUUUGUCAGUGGUUAAGGCAUAAUGAAUACCAAUUUCCACAAAGCUUUUUUAGGGUUGGGUCAAUUAAAACUACUAUUUGUGAAUUAUGAGUAAUAUUUUCAGAUUACACAACAACAUUAGUGCAAUUUUUUAGCCGAAUCAUGAUUGUGGCACUUAGUGACAUUAAAUACUGAUUUGAUUUGAUCUUGAUUAACAGCAUUGAGCAACUUUAAGGCUUUGGACAUUAUCAGACUCCAUGCUCAUGUGGCAGAGAUAUAAGCUUGUUGUAAGAACAACCACUGAAGAAAUGCUUUCUAAAACUCUUUUUUAACUGUGAGGAAAAAAGAAUGAUAAUUAGUCAAUCCGACUUCCCAAUUCUGUCGGUCAUCUUUUCGUUAUCCCAGCAUGACUUGGUGCUGGUGACUGUAGCGAGGGAAAACAAAGAAAGCCACUGUCGCUACUGAGACUGAUCAUCGGAGGGUAUCGAUGACCAACCAAUUGGACCUGCCGCCAUUCCUAGUUCUGUCCAUUAUCUUUCUGUUAUCCCAGCGCGACUCAGUGCCGAUGAUAAUAGCGAGACUUGAUCGUUGGAGAGUGUGCGGCUGUCUGGGAACGAGAUGUUUAGGACGCCUACAUUUGCCCCUCUCAUUUUUUUUUUCUUCUGCCACUUUGAAGUGGGCAUUCAGUGAAAAGAUGAGGAAUCUAGAAAAAAGAUUCGUAGCCUCCUUUCAUUUUUGCCUGUCUCUCUCUUUGUCGUGCGAGUGGGAAAGAAGCGUGGAGCUUGUAUAAACAUGUAUAUAGUGAAACCGACGUAACUAACCAAAGCAAAAAAAAAACACACACACACACCACCUCCCUCCCCCCCUCCUCCUCCUUCACCCAUCCUCGUUCUAUACCGAGGGUGCACCAGAGUUAACAACGGGACGAUGGGCGUGCCAAGCAAGCAACAUGACACUGCGUCGGCGAGUGUUUUUUUACCUUUCUAUACGAGGAAACGUGUUGCACCCGCUGCGCGGUGCCGGUGACAGUGACCUGCACCGAUGAUGACUCUGCGUGUUUUUGUUGUUCUUUUCCGUUCCCUGUUGGACGCUGGCUGACCGGUGGUUACCAAAAACAAAAAUCGGGUGGUGGUCUGAGGUCGAAAAAAAAAAAAAAGGUGACACAAAAGCAAUGAGACACUGGUGACGAGUUAAAAAAAAAUGAAACUACUCCCUCUCCUGCAGAACCGCCUCUCUCUCUCUUUCCUGAGAAAUGUUCUCGGUUGUAAUAAAUAUAUUUUAAUAAAUGCACACAAUUGAAAGCAGCACUGGUGA